AAUUUAUUUCUAAUUAAAUGUCGGCAUAUAUCUAAUGCAAAGCAGCAGAUGUCAAUUUUUCAGGCUCGAUCUACGGGUUACAGGUUAAAAUCUGCAUGUUGAUCUGAUCUUUGGCAUUCAAGAGGUUUCUGCAGAAUAGCUUGAAAGUAACUGCUGAAUUUUUAGAGGCUGAGUUGCGAUGGAGUUGAAAUUGUCCAUCUUAUUCUUUGUGGUCGCCCUCUUCGUAUUGAAUGGAGACACGACAGAAGGUAAGAAAUUGAAGAAAGCCGAAAGUGGAAAAGAGAAGAAAGCAAAAAUACUAAAUGGAAACACUGCUGAGGCCUCACGCCUUCCCAUGAUACUCGAGUGUGAUCUGAGUUAUCCCAACAUUUUGCUUGGAUCCAUAACGAUCGAUGGUAAAGAUAUCGACAAAAGCUUGCAGAAAAAGGCAGAAAAGGAAUGUAUAGACAGCUUGAAUUCAACUCCAAAAGCAGCCGACACGACAAGAACGUGUAGCAUCUUGCUAGCUGAUGCUAAAAUGUUGGUUGGGAAUGAAACUUUCAGGGCUAUAUACCAAUGCAACAUGGGAACGGUUGAGAACUGGGACAAGGGGAACAAAAGCAAAACUGAUAAGUCUAAAACAGGCAAGGAUAUAAAAAUGAAGUGCAAGGGUGAUGAAUACUUAAAGGUAGUUGGAAUAACAAUAAACGAAAGCGAGGUGGAACUUUCCAAGUUCCCAGAAUUGCACCCGGAAGCUUUGGAAUGGGAAUGCAGCAAGCAAAAAGCAGAUGAAAUCAAAGCUGGCAAAAGCGUCAAGGGCAACAUUGAUUGUAAAAUUUACAACAAACCCACAUAUGGGGGUGAAUUGGAAAUACAAUAUAAGUGCAAGAUUGAUAAUGGCCAUUGAGUCAGAAUCAUGAAUGGAAACUCUAUGCAUUUGUCACCACGCAAAGAUUACUGUGUUUAGUUUGGUUUUUGUAAUGUAAAGCGCACAAUGUUGAAUUUCAUUGCACCUACAACUCACAAUUGAUGCAUUCUAUAUUUAUCUGAUACAGCUGAAACAGUUGUGUAUCACAAGGGGCGCCUCGCGUGGCCGUGGGGGCUCAUUGAGCAGUAUUACUGUUAUUAUUGCUUACUUGUAAUCAUCACAAUCAUAGACUUA